GUCCCCCGGCCCCGGCCCCCGCCGGGGGGGUGACGACGGGGCGGGGCCGGCAGCGGGGGGCGGUGGUGCACGUGCGCUGCGGGGCGGGGCUGAUGCUGCUGGGCCCCGCCCACCGCCGUUGCCUGGAGACGGGCCGCUGGUCCGGCCCCGAGCCCUCCUGCCGCCACCCCUACGCCUACGACCUCCCCGAGGACGUCAGCGAGGGCUUCGGGGCGUCUCUCACCUCCGUCCUGGAGCUGGCGGGCGCCCGCCCCCACAACGACUCGUCCCUGGGCCGUCGCAUCGUGCUGAGCAGCGAGGGGUCCCUCCACGUCUACCUGCUCCUCGACGCCUCCGGCAGCGUCCGCUCGGAGAACUUCCGCCUCUUCCAGGAGUGCGGGGCCGCCAUCGUCGACAGGCUCAGCAGCUUCGAGGUGGCCGUGAGCUUUGCCGUCAUCUCCUUCGCCAGCCGGGCCCUGGUCAUUGUCUCCACGGCCGAGGACGAGUCGGCCGACGCCGACGAGGUUCUCCACCGCCUGGAGAACAUGACCUUCACUGACCACGGCAACGCGACGGGCACCAACGUCCGCGGGGCGCUGAUGGAGGUCUACCACAUGCUCCUCUUCCAGAAGGCGCGGGCGGAGCGGAUGGGCCACCCCGACUCCUGGCGGCACGUCCGCCAUGUCGUCAUCCUGCUGACGGACGGCAGGUUCAAUGUUGGGGGGCACCCCCGGGACAUGGUGGCCAAGAUCGAGGACGUGCUGGAGAUCAAGCCGGACCGGGAGGACUACUUGGACAUCUACGCCUUUGGGGUGGGGGCGCUGGAGGUGGACGUGGCGGAGCUGGCGGCGGUGGCCUCGCACCGGCGGGACGAGACCCACGCCUUCAAGCUGGCGGACGCGGCGGCGCUGCGGCAGGCGCUGGAGGCGGCGCUGGUGGCCACCACCCUUGGGGACCUCUGUGGCGUCAUCGUCCCCGCCGGAGCCUCCCGGCCCCCCUGGCACGUCAUCCUGAGGGCAGGGCGGGAGCAGCGCUGCGCGGGGUCCCUGGUGGGGGGCCGCUGGGUGCUGACGGCGGCACACUGCUUCCUGGGGGGCCCCGCGCCCCACGCCUGGACCGCCGACCUGGGGGAGGGGGACCUUGUGCCCCUCCAGCGCUGGGUGCUCCACGAGAACUUCGACGUCCGUGCUGGGGUGUCCCGGGGGAUCCCCGAAUUUUACGAUUACGACGUGGCCCUGGUGGAGCUGGAGCGGGAGGUGGGGACCCGCGGGACCCCCAGGCGCGUCUGCAUCCCCUGCACCGAAGACGCCAACCGGGCGAUGAGGAAACCACCGGGGAUGACCUGCGAGGAGCAAGAGGCCGAGCUGCUGGGCCGGCCCCGGGUCCCGGCUGAGUUCGUCUCCCUGGACCCGCAGAGGAUGGGGGUGCAGAUCAAGAGACAGGAGGCGUGGGCCGCCUGCGCUUCGGGGGCGACGCAGCCCGGGACCCCCUACGCCGAAGCGGCGCUGGGGGAGGUGGUGACCGAUCGGUUCCUCUGCUCGGGGCAGGAGAGCGGGGGCCCCCCCGAGGCCGCCACCUGCAAAGGGGAGUCCGGGGGGUCCCUGUUCCUGGAGAGGAGGCACCGCUUCAUUCAGGUGGGGGUGGUGAGCUGGGGCACCUUCGACCCGUGCCGGGGGGGGACGGCGCACGGUCGGGGGGGGUCCUGCUUCGACCCCCGGCCCCCCCCGGACACCGACCCCGCGAUUUCCACAUCAGCCUCUUCCGCGUCCAGCCGUGGCUGCGCCGGCACCUGGGGGGGGUCCUCGCCUUCGCCCCCCUGCGCUAGCGCCGACCCCGGUCGUGACCCCCACCCCCACAAUAAAGCUUGUGCCCCCCCCCCCCGCCGUGAGCUUCCUUCUAGGAGCAGGAUUGCCCCCCCCCCGAACAUCUGGGUCCAUUAUGGGGGGGGGGGGUUGGAGCAGGGGAUCCAGGAGUUCGGGGUGGGACCCUCGUUAGCGGCAGCUGCUGUUAAUGAGGCCUCGUUACCCCGAGGUGGGGGGCAGGCCGCGGGGGGGGGCCCGGUAUUUCACAACCCCCCCCCCGGCCCCGUCGGCCCCACAGAGGCCGCGGACGGACGGACGGACGGGCUCGGACCCACGGCCAUGGCGGGAGCCUUCCUCGCCCUCCUGCUCCUCUUGGCCCCCGCCGACGGCAGCCCCACGGCAGCCACCCCCGGGACCCCCCCCACGUUGCCCCCAGACCCCCCCCGCUGCGACCCGGCGCUGGUGCCGAUCGCGGGGGGCUGGGGGGAGCUGGUGGCGGGGGGAGAGGGGCUGCGCUACCGUUGCCCCCCCCGGCAGCACCCCCCUCCCCACCGGCCUCCGGCGCUGCAGCCCCGAGGGGACCUGGGACCCCCUGCCAGGGGGGGGUCACCCCCCGCUGCCAAGCCGUCUGGUGCCCGGCGCCGCUGGAGUUCGAGCACGGCUGGUUCUGGCCGCGGGGGGGGCGUCACGCCCCCGGCUCCCGCCUGGAGUUCGGCUGUUUCGGGGGCUUCACCCUGCGGGGACCCAACGUCCGCGUCUGCGGCCCCGGGGGGCGCUGGGGGGGGGGCCACCCCCGUCUGCGACGAUGGCGCGGGGGCCUGCCCGGCCCCGGGGGUCCCACCGGGGGCCACCAAGGAGGGGUCGGACUACGGGGUGGAGGGACGCGUCCGGUACCGCUGCGCGCCCGGGCUGCAGCUGGUGGGCUCGGCCGAGCGGCGCUGCCUGGAGGGGGGCGUCUGGAGUGGCACCGAGCCCCGAUGCCGCGACCCCAACUCCUUCGACACCCCCGAGGACGUGGCUGCCUCCUUCCUGGCCUCCCUCGCCCAGACCGUGGAGGUGGCCGAGGCCAACGACACCAGGGGCCCCACGGAAAAGCGUCGGAUCCGCCUGAGCCCCGGAGCCGCCCUGAACAUUUACCUGGUGCUGGACGCGUCCCAGAGCAUCGGCCCCGAGGAUUUCGGGGACGCCCGGAACGCCCUCAGGGAGCUGGUGGAGAAGAUCGCCAGCUAUGGGGCAGCCCCCCACUAUGGGAUCGUCACCUUCGGGACGGAGGCGCGGGUGGUGCUGAGCCCCAUGGAGCCGCAGGCGGCCGACGGGGCCUCGGUGGGCAAGCUGCUGGAGGAGCUGCCCUUCGCAGCCCAUGCGCAGAAGCCGGGGACGAACCCCCACGCCGCCCUCAAGGCCGUCUACGAGCUGCUGGUGCAGCAGGAGCGGGCAGAGCAGCUGCGGGGGCUGCAGCCCCCCCCGGUCACCAACAGCACCCGCCACGUCCUCGUCAUCAUGACCGACGGCCGGGUGAACAUGGGGGGGUCCCCGGUCCCCGUCAUCCACCAGAUCCGGGAGCUGCUGAGCAUCGGCCGGGACCCCCGCAACGACCGGGAGGACUUUUUGGACGUGUACGCGUUCGGGGUGGGGUCGCCGGUGCACGUGGAGACGCUGAACGCGCUGGCCUCGCACAAGGACGGGGAGCAGCACGUCUUCCUGCUGCGGGGGCUGCCCGACCUGCAGGAGGCCUUCCACCGCAUGAUCGACGAGAGCGAGACCAUGGGGCUCUGCGGGCUCACCUACGAGUUCAAGAGCGCCAGCGACCGGGAGAGGAACCCCUGGCACGUCACCAUCAUUGUCACUCGCCCCGAGAAGGGCCAGGAGCGCUGCCAGGGGUCCCUGGUGUCCCCCUACUUCGUGCUGACGGCGGCUCACUGCUUCCACGUGGACGACCAGGCGCCGUGGGUCACCGUGGAAGCGGGGCCGCGGGUGCAGCGGAAGGUGGCCGGGCUCUUCCUGCACCCCCGGUACGACCUGGGGGGGCGGCGGGACCGGGGGGUCCCCGAGUUCUACGACUACGACGUGGCCCUGGUGCAGCUGGAGACCCGGUGCCCCCCCAGCCCCACCACGCGCCCCCUCUGCCUGCCCUGCACCGAAGGUGCCUCCCGGGCGCUGCGGCUGCCGCCGGACCAGAGCACCUGCGAUGAGCACCGCCGCCUGCUGCUCCCCGAGAAGAACCUCGGUGCCUUUUUCGUCUCCCCCCGCGGCCCCUCGGAGCUGCAGCGACGCCCCGUCCACCUCAAGCUGGGGGAGCAGCGGGGUCCCUGCGAGGCCGACGCGCUCCGGGCCCCCCCCUACGCCAACGUCUUGGCGCUGGAGGACGUCGUCACCCCCCGGUUCCUCUGCUCCGGCGGCACCGAGCCCUACGUCGACCCCAACGCCUGCCGCGGUGACUCCGGGGGUCCCAUUGUUGUCACCUGGGGGAAGCGCUACUUCCAGGUGGGGGUGAUCAGUUGGGGGGUGCUGGACGUUUGCCGCCAGCCCCGCGCCCCCGCCUUCGCCCGGGAUUUCCACAUCAACGUCUUCGAGGUGCUGCCCUGGCUGCGGGGGCGGCUGCAGGACGAGGACCUGGGCUUCCUCCCGUGACGCGUCGCGACGCGUCGCGACACGUGGCGGGGGGGGGCACGAGGCAGCCGCCGGCUGUGGGAUGGGGGGGGUGUGGGGGGACACGGGGGGGACACACGGGGGGGACCCGAGCUGCCCGCCCCGCGCCAGGGGACGACGUGGGGGGGGUCCGGGGGGUGUCGGGGGGGUCAUCGGGGGUCCCGCCCGCGCGGCGCUCCCAACCGGGACAAUAAACUGGGGGCGCAGCCUCGUUUUUCCUUUAUUGCCCCCCGAAAA